AUGAACAACAUCAAAGACAGGCCUGGCUAUCAUCGGUCAGUUUGCGUUGAAGGACUAGGUAGCAAACCACAAGUUCACAUUGAGGACAAUUUGAACAACCUUUUCUGUUUCAUUACGCUGCAUCAUCCCAUGACAGCAAUUUUAGAUCGGAGACGUUUUUUCCCUAGAAGUCCAUCCACUUCAUCAAAUGAAAUGAUUUUAAAGCAUGAGAAUGUUUUUUGGCAUUCAAAAGAUUAUCUUUUUAAUGCUUAA